CACACACACGUGUUCAAUGCAUAUGUGUAGUGUGCAUAUAAAAGCAGAUGAAAUGUACCCUCUGUUUGUUUGCUGAGAAAAUGAAUGAAUCUUCCAGAAACAUAUGAUUGAUGAGAUUUCGCAGUUACUUGGGUUUUUGUUGUUUGGUAAGUUAUUUGGUUCUAGUAUUUGGAUUUGUUAUUUUUUUUUCUUUGAUUUCCAGUCUUGUUCUCUGUUUUUUUGGCAGCCAGACAAACCAUGAUUGUGAGUUACCUCAUCUGGAUUUCACAGGAUGCAGGUUGUAAGAGAAUUAGGGGAAAAUGGAAAAAAUUUGGAAAAGGGUAGGGAGUUAAGAAAUUUAAUUCUAAUAGGGGUUCAGUAUUUCUCAAAGGGUUUAGGGUUUUUCAAAACUAACAUAUGUUGCUUAGGGUUUAGGAUUUAGGGAUUAUCAAAUUUGAAAUUAAAUUUGUUGCGCACCGGAGUUCAAAAGUAAAGUCCUUGAAAAUUUUAUGAAGGCCGUUUAUAAAAAUGAUAGAAUAUCAAAAUAGUACUACAAACAAAAAAAGGGUACUUCGUCAGGAACGUAACGAUAACCAUAACAAUGUUCCCUUGGGUACGAUUCAUUUGACUGCAUAGGCGUUCUGUCUCAAAUGCAGUUUUUUUUCCCUUUGUUUUAGUCGGAGUUGUCCACUUAUCUCAUGUUAUGUUUAAAACUCUUAUUUUUUAAUCUUCCUCUUGCACUUAAUGAUACACUAAUUCAUGCUUUAUGCAUAUUUUUUUUACCAUUUGGACUUCCAUUCUAUCUAUUACACUUUGAUCAUUUUCUCUGUGUAUUCAUGUAAUUCUCCCAUGCGUCUUCUGACAGUAAUGUAUGCCACCCUUGAUAAAGUUUUAUCGUGGAUUAUUACACAACUGUGAACUUACUUGCUUCAAGACAUAUAACUCCGCAUGAUCCUCCAGAAUAUCCUUGGACAUUUCGUCCUCCUUUUAUAAUUCAAUGACUGAAUAAUUCUCUUGUCAUCGUGGACUAUCAGAAUAACCUCUGAAAUCUCCACAACUUGUUUUUACUUGUUACAGUAUAAGUGGAGUACUACACCACUUACUAAUAGGAUACUUCGAGGUAGUUUACCAGUAAUUCGUUGUGCUCGACUAUUAUGGUUUGAAGAGAAUAUGGUGUUUGGAUUAUGGUAAAGAAAAGAAUGCUGCUUAACAAUGUGAGACCUUCUAGCCAGCUGUCUGUGGCUAUAACAGUUUUGCUCGCUUACAAUGCUCUGGUGUUUAGAUUAGUAAUCUGUGCUGCAGACUGCUACUUUGUUCGACAUAAAAGACUAACCAUGGUUCAGAUGGAUCCUGCUGCUAACCUUGUCUGCAAAAUGGUGUAGGAGUUGGUCGGUCUGCCAAGUUGUUGUGUCCUUCUACCUAUUUAAAGCAUCUACAAUUUCCAUGCCAAUUCAGUGUGAAGUUUCAGUUUUUUUUCAUACUUGCAAGUGUUUUUACUUCUCAUGUGCUUGUAACUGAUGUGUGGCCAUAUCUUCUUGCAUAAGAAAUUGUUGGUAAUAUGAGAAAACGUUUUUUUUGGUUUGCUACACGUCUCCAGGUAUUAAGGUUAGUGUAUACUUCAUAUUGUUCAUUGGAGCUUCCCAAUAACCGUUCUUUUAUUAGGUUUCAAGAACUAAACUAGAAGAAGAAUUGCAAGAUUUGAUCCAUCAUGGAGUCCAAGCAAGAUGAAGUUGUACAUGAUAAGAACGAAACCAAGACAAGGAAUGAAGUAGCUGAUUCCAAUCUUUCAAAGGCCGAUGGAAGAGAUGUUUUGGAACCCUUUGCUGGUUCACCAGAUAAUAAAGUACAGCCUAACUUGAUUGAUUUGGGAGGUGGAAUUAAUCUCACACAUGAUGCACCUUCUGUUUAUAAGGAUACCGCUGUUGAAGUGAAUAUGGAGGCAUCGAUAACAUCUGAUGAUGUUAUGCGGGCUGGAGGCUUUGGUGCUAGAGAUGAUAUUAGUAGUUUUCUUCCCGUUGCAAGUGAUUCUACUGACUUUGAAGCCACAAUACGUGAUGCUCGAGGUUAUGAAGAACCACAGGGAAAUAUCUGCAGGCCAGGUCUUGGCUGGAAAGAAGCUAAAGAAACAGAAUAACUGUGUUCUUGCUACUGCUUGCCUACGCGCAUGUAAGUUUGUUACACUUUACAUUUUGGUACUUUUUUCUUGUACUACUGAAGGACUAAUAUCUUACUGAACAUGUUACAUAAAUUUCAGUGUAUUUAAGUUUGAGAUUUUUAUCCUUUUA